UACCAACAGAUUGCUCCUCCAAAUGAAGUAUCUCGUUCCUUAUACGGAACAGUGAACUUUUGCCCUCUAUUUUAACUGGGAUCAUCUGUCACAUUCUGGUGCAAAACAAGUGACAAAGUACUCCUGAAGACCAAUCUUAUUCAUGGGCUGCAUUUGCACGAAGCACAGAUUUGGACACAAGGACUUUGAAGCUCUCGCCUCUCAAACCUGCUUUAAUGCCGGUGAAGUCGAAGCUUUGUAUGUCCUGUUCAAGAAACUAAGCAGUUGCUUAGUGGACGAUGGACUCAUAAGCAAAGAGGAGCUUCAACUUGGCUUGCUCCAGAGCAGAAAGAAGCGGAGUCUCUUCACAGACAGGAUGUUCCAUUUGUUCGACUUGAAGCACGAUGGGGUGAUCGAGUUUCAAGAGUUUGUUCAUUCUCUAAGUGUUUUCCAUCCGUCGGCACCUCGAGAAGAAAAGGCCCUCUUUGCCUUUCAAUUGUACGACAUAUGGCAAACUGGCUUCAUCGGACGUAGAGAGGUGGAAGAGUUGAUUUUGGCUCUUCUGAAGGAGUCGGACCUGAUCCUCCCAUGGGACGCCGUCGACGCCAUCAUCGAUAAGACAUUCCAAGAAGCAGAUGGGAAGAGAGACGGCAAAAUCGACCUCGAAGAGUGGAGGGAAUUUGCAGCUAAGAACCCAUCCAUACUCAAGAAUAUGACCAUUCCAUAUCUCAAGUACAUCUCUCUCUCUCUCUCUUUCUCUCUCUCUCUCUCUCUACACAAUGGCCAAGCCACGCCGCCGACCGCCACCGCCGCACUCCUCCGCCGGCCGCACAAACUUGGCGUCGUGCGUGGUGGCGACGAUCUUCCUCGUGUUUGUUGUCAUCGUUGUCCUCAUCGUGUUCUUCACCGUGUUCCGGCCGCGCGACCCCAAGAUCUCCGUCAAUGGCGUGCAGCUCCCGUCCUUCUCGAUCGCCAACGACACUGUCAACUUCACCUUCUCGCAGUACGUCUCCGUGGAGAACCCCAACAAGGCCGUCUUCUCCCACUUCGACAGCUCGAUCCAGCUCCUCUACGCCGGCAACCAGGUGGGCUUCAUGUUCGUCCCCGCCGGCAAGAUCGCUGCGGGCCGCAUGCAGUACAUGGCCGCCACCUUCGCCGUCGAGUCGUUCCCGCUCUCCCCGGCGCCGAACCCGCCCUCCGCGGUGGUCGCGGGGGAGGCGGUGGCGGCCGCGGCCACGGCUUGGCGGCGCCGCCGCCGCUGCCGACGGUGACGGACGGGUCCGGUUUCGGGUUCGGAGGCGUCGGGGGCGGAGGUCUGAGGGUGGGGCCGACGCUGGAGAUAGAGUCGAGGAUGAAGAUGGCGGGGAGGGUUAGGGUUUUGCACUUGUUCACGCACCAUGUGGAGGCGAGAUCUGACUGCAGAGUGGCCAUCGCGGUGAGUGACGGAUCUGUGCUGGGUUUCCACUGUUGAAUAUACUUUUCCCUCCGUCGUUCUUUCUCGUCUCUCUUCUUGUUAUUUUUUAGGUUAAAAUUUGUUAGUUAUUAGGUCUUAGGUUCUUGUUUUUUUUUUUUUGGCCCCUUUUUUCCUCUUGUUUGUAAUAUUAGGUUCAAAUUCGCGUUUGCCCUCGAAAACCCAAUUCAGAGAAAACCGAAGUGUAAAUUAUUCAGACUUUUUUUUUCUGGGAACUUGUCCUGCUUGAAAUGGAGAUUAGCUCUUGGUGUU